CGCAAGAUGGCGGCGCGCUGGAGCAGCGAGAAUGUGGUGGUGGAGUUCCGCGACGCCCAGGUGUUUCCCGGAGACUGUUACUGAUACUGUCUCACUGCCAAAUAAAUGACUGAGUGUUGCUCGAUUAAAAUAAAAAGUGGGUUAUAUUUUUUUGUAAAUAGCAAAAAGGUCAGCUUGUGGUUGUGAAGCUGAUGGUGACAGUAGAACUCUGCUCAGAGUUUGCUCACGUGCUGUUGUAGAAGUUGUUCUUACGUCCUUGGAAGUGUUCGUGGCUAGACUGGACAGGGCUUGGAGCAACCUAGUGAAGGUGUCCCUGCCCAUGACAGGGGUUAGGGACAAGAUGAUCUUUAAGGUCCCUUCCAACCCAAGCCAUUCUAGGAUUGUGUUCUAAGAAACAUGGGGGUUUAAAGGUGUUGGCAAUAGCUUAACAAAGCUGAAUACAGUGGGUGAAAUAUGAACUACUUCAGCAGGAAACCUAGAAAGAUUUUUAAAAAAUAUGUCUGGAAGCUCUCUUGUCUCAUUUGUCCUCUUGUGCUGGAGCAGUAACAGCUCUACCUUCACCAUUUCAAACCAAGGCAUUGAAUCCUGAGUGCUGCAUCCAGCCUACCCUCUGUAAGCUCACAAAGCUUUCCACUUUUGUACCUCAAAAGCUUUGUAUUAGCUUUCCUCCCAGAAGCGUUAAAGCAGCCUUAUCUGCUACUGAGGAUUUGUCCUCGAGAAACCAGUCAUGAGAUACGAGGGUACAUCUUCCUACAUCACAGGUUCAUGUUGCAUCUGGCUCAGGAGAUGGGAGGCCUCAUGACUUUAUUGCUUACUCAUAACGUCUGGUGUGUGGGAGCAGAAGGGACAGGUGUUGCUAUCCCCUGCUGCAGCUGUUGGUUUCAGUGUCGCUCCUGCACUGGCACAAACCUUGGCAGAGGGUGAACGUGGGGGUUUCGGUCGCUUUACUCCGGUGUGAUCUUCCUGGAGCUGUUCUGACCUGCCUUCUGUCCCAUGUGAAACCAGAGAACAACUGUGGCUGGGGCUGCCAGACUGCUGCUUCAGGCUAAACUCAUCUAUAUAUUUAUGUCUGAGAUUUUUUUAGGAGUCUGCAGGAACAUUUUUGCAGGUGGGAAACCUGAGCUUGAGAAAUUGGAGCACCUUGGCUGAAAUCAUCCAGUGCCAGUCUUGAGCUCUGCAUGUAGGCCACACUAUCUCCAAAGUCUCUACCCUAAAAACAACCUGAAUGGAAACAAGAAUCAAAAGAGCGGGCAGGUGUUACAUUUAUAACCAGUACACCUCUGCAAGCACUGCAGUUGUCUUUGUUCAUCAAAUGCUGGACAUGCUGGAGUGUGUCAUGAGAAAACUACAGCACCCGCCCUGCACCACAUCAGAAAAUCAUUGUGCUUUGGGGCCUGUGCUACCUACAAGUGUCAUUUUUCUGUACAAGGUGACAGAGGUGGCAGUUUGUGUACUCUUCUGAUUGAAACAAGACCCACAGGCCUUUCUUGGGCUGUUUGCACUAUCAAAAGGACAGUAAAACUCAUCCAGUGCUGAUAUAGAACUAUUUGUAGCAACUCAGUAUGUGGAUGGGAGGUUAGGUAUGCAGGGAACUGGUAUUGCUUGUUAUGAGUUUGCAGCUCUUGAAAAACAGCAUAGCUGUGUCAAAUUGGGUUGGUGUGUUACCUUUCAGGUGGAGAGUGGAGCUAAAUUGAAACUACUGAAAGUUCAGACAUGAAAAGGAGUUUUCCUUGGCUUGCUUAGCAGAAAUCAAGUGAAAUGUCAAAGUAGUUGCUUGAAGUCUGAGAAGAUGCUGCCUGGGCUGUAGGUUCAGAGCAGGUUCUCAAAUGUGCGGUGCUCCUGCUGUGCUUACUCAUGUCAUUGUUAUUCCUCAACAGCAGUUCUAGCUAUCCACAGUGUUGUUUUAGGAUAAAAACUGCUUUCAGGUUGGUUCAUUCAGUUUCAACUCCCCCCUUCUGGAAGGUUGUGCUGUAAAGACUGACAUAUGACUAUACCAAGCACAUUAAAUGACAGCUGUUUGGUUUUUUUCCUGUGCCUAGAUAAGACUCUUGUAUCAUAGGGAACUGUUUGUUGCUAUAAAACAACUUGUGACCCAUCAGACUAGCAGCCUGACAUGUGAAACGUUUUAUUUCAUUCUGAUUGUUCUUUACAUUUUAUGAUGUUUGGUGCCUGGAAGAAAACAGUUUACCAGUGUUCAUCAUUGAAAACAAUUUGUAAGGAUUUAUGAAAUCCUGGUGCCAACACUAGAAAAAAUAAACUUGUAUAUGAAAUUAUCAAUCACUUUAAAUUGGCAUGGUUUUUUUCUGUCAUGAGGAAAGAUGGCCCCAACUAUAGGAAAUAUGUCUCCUGACUAGCUCUUCAUCACAUGAGAAAGCUCUGAUUACUGUAGUGGCUUUAGUGAUCCUCAUUGUAAUUUCUCAGAAGAAAAAUGUGUACCAUCUGGGAAAAGUUAUUACUUCUGUUGAUUUGUUUGUUUGUUUGUUUUGGGUUUUUAUAGAUGCAGUAACCUACUUUUUUGCAGGUUUUGUUCUGUGCUUUGCAAGGUGCUGUGGAGUCUAGAAAGCUGGAAUUGUUUGUUUAUCAUUUAGAGAUCUUUAAACUAGCUGCUUAUUUACAGCAUUAGAUUUAGGACUAGGUAAACCUUGCCAGAAAAUUACUGCCUAGGAAAAAGUACUGAAAGGGGGUUGUUCCUGGAACAGUAAAAGUGGUGAAAUGGGGUUUGGUUUACCAUGAGCUCCUGUUGAAACUCUGCAGGCAGCUUGAGCUAUUUGCCAUGUGGUCUCUAGAGAAGAAUGGGUCCGUGAUGCUGUUUUCCCCCUUACUUGGGGUAUUUGCAAGGAGGGGAUGGGCCUUGGCUGAAAAAGCUCAUUUUUGAUUAUCCAUCAUUUGUGAUGGGUAUUCUGCUGUCAGAUCUGACUGAAAUUGAGUGGGAUUUCUGUGUUGUCUGUCAGGUUUUAGUGAUGCUUGUAAGUAGUAACUGUGGGACAUCUGAAGUCUCGUUACAUCCAUGCUGAGAGCACUUAAAAUCCCGAACAGCAUCAGGAGAUACAUCCUGAGCCUUCAGAGAGGCAGCUUUGAAGAUGUCAGCAGUUAGUGUGAAGAAUGUGGGGCAUAUUCUGGUUUUGUACUGUGAGUGCUCAAAACCCUGUUGAAGUCAUAUCUAUGUUUAUGGGCUGAACUGUUCAGCUUUUCAAGUAAAAUUUUCCUUUAUUCUUUUGGCAUUUAAACAAGAUGGUCAGCCAGUUCAUUCUGCACAAAAAGAGGGGGACACUAUAUCCACACAGUCCUUUUCUAUUUUUUUUUUUUUUUUCCUAAUGGCCUUUAAGUUAUCUCAUAGCCUUCUUUACAAGCAAUGCCAAAGUAAAUUCUGAUGCCUCUUGGCCAUCUCUCAUUUUUGGAGACCAGCCAUACACAAAUGGUUGCACUUCUAUCUCCCAGUACAUAUAUAAUUAAAUCUGGCCUUGCAAUGAAAGAGAGAGACUGAGAAAGUUCCUGAGCAGGAGCAGAGGCUGAUUAAUACAGAUUAUUAGAGACUGCUGAUUGAAAGGCUGCAGCUGUGAUUGCCAUAGCAGGAAGAAGGGAGCAAGGUCUUAGUGCUCAUGAUGUUGUGUGCCAGGUUUUGUCUUCAGUUUAUGCUACAAAGAUGUUUCUGUGCGCUGUCCUGCAUCCCAAAAUCAAACACUAUGCCCAUUGCCCCUCUGUACUUUAAGGGGAUGUUACUUUCCUGAACUCCUCCCUAAAGCCAUGUGUUUUGACUGAGCAGCUGAGCUGACAGGUAUUAUUUGGUUUUGUUCUGUGUUUUUCUUUAACAGGCAACUGCGAUGUCUGUGGAUUGCUUGGGACAGCGUGCUGUACUCUCGGGUCGCCGUUUCCUCUACAUUGUCAACCUGGAUGCGCCAAAUGAGGGUCACCGGAAGAUCUCCCGGCAGAGCAAGUGGGACAUUGGGGCGGUGCAGUGGAACCCCCACGACAGCUACGCCUACUACUUUGCAGCCUCGAGCAAUCAGCGUGUUGACCUGUAUAAGUGGAAGGAAGGUAAUGGGGAAGUUUGCACAUCUCUGCAAGGACACACACGUGUGAUCAGUGACCUGGACUGGGCAGUAUUUGAGCCAGACUUACUGGUCACCAGUUCUGUGGACACAUACAUCUACAUUUGGGACAUCAAAGACACCAGGAAGCCCACAGUCUCACUUUCUGCAGUUGCUGGAGCUUCCCAGGUGAAAUGGAACAAGAAAAAUGCCAACUGUUUAGCAACAAGCCAUGAUGGGGAUGUCCGAAUAUGGGACAAAAGGAAACCCAGCACUGCAGUGGAGUAUUUGGCAGCUCAUCUCUCCAAAAUCCAUGGUUUGGACUGGCAUCCUGACAAUGAGUAUACACUGGCCACUUCCAGCCAGGACAACUCUGUCAGGUUCUGGGAUUACCGUCAGCCUCGGAAAUACCUCAAUAUCCUUCCCUGCCAGGUUCCCGUCUGGAAGGCAAGAUACACGCCUUUCAGCAAUGGACUGGUGACAGUGAUGGUCCCCCAACUCCGUCGGGAAAACAGUCUCCUCCUCUGGAAUGUCUUUGACCUGAACACGCCUGUCCACACUUUUGUGGGACAUGAUGAUGUGGUGCUGGAGUUUCAGUGGAGGAAGCAGAAAGAAGGCUCUAAAGAUUACCAGCUGGUGACGUGGUCCCGGGAUCAGACCCUGCGCAUGUGGCGGAUUGACUCUCAGUUGCAGAGGCUCUGUGCUAAUGAUAUCCUGGAUGGAGUUGAGGACCUCAUUGAUGGGAUUUCUCAUCUGCCAGAGCCAGACAAGACCCUUCACCCCCAGGAGGCGGAGCCCCAGCAUAACUCUGGACAUGGGGAUGAGGAAGCCUUAAAAGAAGAUUUCCUGAAUGACUCCCUGGUGGGAAAGAAAACCGACCAGCUGGGGCUGCCUCAAACACUGCAGCAGGAGUUUUCACUGAUCAAUGUGCAGAUCCGAAAUGUCAAUGUGGAGAUGGAUGCGGUGAGUCGCAGCUGUACGGUGUCGGUGCACUGCGGCAACCACAGAGUCAGGAUGCUGGUGAUGUUCCCUGUCCAAUAUCCCAAUAAUGCUGCACCGUCCUUCCAGUUCAUCAACCCAACCUCCAUCACAGCUUCCAUGAAGGCAAAGCUGCUGAAGAUACUGAAAGACACUUCCCUGCAGAAAGUGAAGCGGAAUCAGAGCUGCCUGGAGCCUUGCCUGCGUCAGCUGGUCUCCUGGCUGGAGUCUGUUGUGAACCAAGAGGACAGCACGUCCAGCAAUCCCUACGCUUUGUCCAACUCCGUAACACCCCCGUUGCCCACAUUUGCCCGGGUCUCCAAUGCCUAUGGCUCCUACCAGGACUCUAACAUCCCAUUUCCACGGACCUCUGGAGCCAGGUUCUGUGGUGCAGGGUACCUGGUGUAUUUCACGAGGCCCAUGACCAUGCACCGUGCCGUGUCCCCGAUGGAGCCCACACCCAGGUCUCUGUCGGCUCUAUCAGCAUACCAUAGUGGCCUCAUUACUCCAAUGAAGAUCCGCACGGAGACUCCGGGCAACCUGCGCUUGUACAGUGGGAGCCCAACACGCAGUGAGAAGGAGCAGGUCUCCAUUAGCUCCUUCUACUACAAAGAAAGGAUGUCUCCUCGCUCUGCCCGGCGACGUUGGUCCAUACAAGCAAUUAACGACUUCCCGAAAUCAAGGAGGUGGAAAAGCAAACGAGAGGGGACAGAUACCAACAACCGACCCAUCAAGGCUGCUGGCAAAGUUAUUAUCCAAGAUAUUUCCUGCUUGCUGCCUGUCCACAAGCUGCUGGGAGAGCUCUACAUACUGAACGUGAAUAACAUCCAGGAGACUUGCCAGAAGAAUGCUGCCUCAGCCUUGGCAGUGGGGCGGAGGGAUCUCGUACAGGUUUGGUCACUGGCCAUGGUAGCCACUGAUCUCUGUCUUGGACCGAAGUCUGACCCAGAUUUAGAGAUACCUUGGGCACAACAUCCAUUUGGACGUCAAUUACUGGAGUCCUUGCUGGCUCAUUACUCACAGCUCCAUGAUGUACAGACUUUGGCCAUGCUCUGCAGUGUGUUUGAAGCCCAGUCAAGGCUCCAAGGGUGCCCCAACUCUUGUGUCCCCUUUCCUCAGCGUGCCUCCAACCUGGCCUCCCACAGCCGAUAUCCCAGCUUUACUUCCUCUGGCUCCUGUUCCAGCAUGUCAGAUCCUGGGAUUGGCACUGGAGGCUGGAGCAUAGCAAACAAAGACACGGAGCAGACCUCUACUCCCUGGUGCGAAUCUUCUCCAGAUGACUUUCGCUAUGGAAACCUAAUGUAUCCUGACCAUCGGGAGCGGGAGAAGGACCAGCAUGAGAAAAACAAAAGGCUGCUGGAUCCUGCCAAUACUCAGCAAUUUGAUGACUUCAAGAAGUGCUAUGGAGAAAUCCUUUAUCGCUGGGGCCUGCGAGAGAAGCGGGCUGAGGUUCUGAAGUUUGUCUCAUGUCCUCCUGAUCCCCACAAGGGAAUUGAGUUCGGCGUGUACUGCAGCCACUGCCGCAGUGAGGUGCGCGGCACCCAGUGCGCCGUCUGCAAGGGCUUCACCUUCCAGUGCGCCAUCUGCCACGUGGCCGUGCGGGGCUCCUCCAAUUUCUGCCUGACCUGCGGACAUGGAGGCCACACCAGCCACAUGAUGGAGUGGUUUCGCACCCAGGAGGUCUGUCCCACGGGCUGUGGGUGCCACUGCCUGCUCGAGAGCACCUUCUGAGCAGUGGGGACAGCGGGCCAGCCAGGAACUGAUUGAAUAUUUAAUUCCCAAGACAUGUUGAGUCAGUUCUGCUCCUCUCUGUCUGGAGGAGAUCACCACAAGGAGCUGAAGCAGGACGUCCUGGUAAUGUGCUGUGGUGAUGUUUACAAGUGCUUCCAUUACUCCUACGCUUCCCAGGUUGCUUCCAGACCAAUUUGACCAAAUUCCCUGUGUCCAUUGCUGGCAAUGGAUGCCAGACCAGAAAAAUUGCUCUCUCCUGCAGAAGGGUGUGUGAAUAAUAUUGGUUAGUUUGGGAUUAAGAGGUUUUUGAAAGCUCCUCUGGAAAGGACCCACCUGGCAGAGCCAAGCUUGUUCCAGCAAUGUAGUCUUUUCCAGGUGCCUCCUUACAUGGGCUCAAACUGAGCAAAACAGUUGUUUUAUACAAUUAAAGCAGAAAUAAUUCUCAAGCAACAGUAAGUUCGAAAGGUGAGUUGUAAAUGGUGCUUGAAGAGGAAAUAGUCCGUGGAACUGUGCUCAGAGUUUCUCUGGAAGCAGCAGAGUCCUUAUUUUGAAUGGGUGUUUACAUUGUUUAGAUUUCCCCACAAAGCAAGAGAAGGAAAUGGCAUUUUUCAGGAUUACUUCUUAAGUAGAUUUCUGCUCACUAGUCAGUACCUGUAAAAAGCCCAGACAAGCACCCAAGGUCCCUGGGAUUAGUUGCUUCCAGCAGUUACUGUUAGGCUUCUAAGUGUCUUCAUCUCCUGCUCUGACCAGGUCAUAAAAUGCACUUUAACUUGUCCCUGUCUUGUUGGUGACACUUCCUGGUGACUGGGAAAGGCCUUUUGAGUUUGGGAUCCACACUGUCUUUCCACAGAUGUGUUGCUUUGGAAAGCCUUUUCUCCCUCACUGAGAAAACACAGAGGACACUUACUCCAUACAGCUCCUUUUGGCUGUUGUCUCCAGGUACUAUGGGGAAAAUUAUGGGUAAUUUGAGAUUUGCUGCUGCUGAAGUGACAAGGCUCUUGAACAGGGAGGAAGCAGCAGUUUCUAGGGAAAAGGGGGUUUGGAAGAAUGGUGGGAUUCACAGAGGCAAAAGGUUUAUGACUUUCCUUACUGUGGAGCAUCAACUGGAGAAUGUACUGAUGGAUCUGUUUGUUAGGGGCUGUGCCUGCAGGGCACUCCCAGUGCAGGGACACUGCUGUGCACUGUGUGCACACCUGGAAUGUGCAGCCUCUGCCUCUCCAGGGCUGGCUUCAGCCUGAGCUUUGGAUUUGAGCGAAUGUGUGGUCAGGGAUGAGCAAGCUGGAGCUACCCCUACCUGUACCAGCUCUGAUCCCUUCUCUCAUGCUUGCCUGCUGAGUGGGGCCACGUGCCAUGCCCAUUCCCAACCGCUGUGCUAGCUCAGGCUGUGGGAUCCUGCUGUGGAAUAAACAGAUGAUGUAUCUUAAACAACUAAAAUAUUAAAAUUAUUUUUUUUUAA